AUGGACUCUCGUGGAUACCCUCUUACUAUUGCAAAGGUCCAUUAUCUCGCUGAAUGCCUCCUUCGGGCCAAAUUGAAGCUAUUCGAAUCGCCUGAAUCCUCCGAACCUGCCUUUAUCGGUGAGCGCUGGUUCCGCCGCUUCAUCAACCGCCACGAGGCUGAAAUCAAGACAAAUUACUCAAAACGUUAUGAUUAUCAACGAGCGAAAUGCGAAGACCCCAAACUUAUAAUGCGUUGGCUCGAAUUAGUGCAGAAUACCAUACAAAAAUAUGGGAUUCUUGAACAGGAUGCUUAUAAUAUGGAUGAGACGGGUUUUCAAAUGGGCGUUCCUUCAACUGCAAGGGUCGUCACUUCAAUCGCCACGAUCAGUGCAGCAGGAUACGUUCUACGGCCGCAGAUCAUCUUCGCCGGUAAGCUUCAUCAAGAGAAGUGGUUUGAAGCUAUUCCCAAUGACUGGCGGGUCAGCGUGAGCGAGAACGGUUGGACUACCGAUAAACUCGGUUUUGAAUGGCUUCAAUUUUUUGACGAAUGGCUUCCAAAACGAUUGGUCAAUAUCGCCUUUUAA